CAAACUUACUAUGUACUAAGUAAAUAAGUUCUUAAAAUUAUCAAAUUAUAUCCUAUACUAAGUAUUUUAACUUUACUCAUUGAAGAUGAGUUUGAAGAACACGACUUUCAAUGUAUUUCUAAGUUGUUGUGUAAAUUCUUUUUUAAUGGAAAUAUUGAUGGCAAAAGCGCCUGAAAGUGCCAACUUCGUUACAUUUUUGCAAUUUUUAUUCAUAUCAAUACAGGGUUUUUUAUUUAGAACUUUUAGUGUGUUUAAUCCAAACAUUCCAUUCAAGAGAUAUUUCAUACUAAUAGCUUUGUUUUUUGUGACAAGUGUGGCUAAUAACUAUGUAUAUGCCUUGCAUGUACCAUCCACAUUACAUAUGAUAAUUAGAUCAGCAACAUCCCCUGCAAGUACUCUAGUCUCAUGGUAUGCCAAGAAUAAAGUCCCUAAGGUGACAUCUAUUAUUGGAUCAGUUCUGAUCAGUUUGGGAGUAGCAUUAGCUAUGUAUGGUGGUGCUACCGUCAUUGAAAAUCAAGGAAGUUUCAUACAUUGGUGCCUUGGUGUUAUAAUAUUACUGUCUACGUUAAUAUUGGGAGCAUUAACUGGACUACAACAGGAAAUUUUAUAUACAAAUUAUGGAAAACAUCCCGAUGAGAUGCUGUUCUUCACUCAUUGUAUACCACUGCCCUUGUUUUUAUCAAUCUACCCGCAAUUAAAAAACAUUGCCUUGUCUAUGUCAAGUGAUUUAUGGUUAAUUCUUGCAUUAAAUAUUGUUUCUCAGUUCUUUUGUGCUCAUUCCGUCCACGAUUUAGCAACUAAGGAGAAUUCUGUUACUGUGACAUUUAUAUUGACGAUAAGAAAGUUUAUAUCUUUGUUAAUAUCAAGUAUAGUAUUUAAGAAUAAUUUAACAAUUUUACAUGUGUUGGGUACUAUUUUAGUUGUUGUUGGAACAUAUAUUUAUUUUGAUUGCUUUGAAAGCAAAAAGCAAAGACCAGUUAGUUUAAAAGAUGAGUGAUUUAAGGCUGUGAAUUUGUGUGCCUUUUAAAAUAUUUUAUAUUAGAUGAAUAUGUGCUUGUAUUUUUUUUUAUUAAUUUAUAUUCUGUAGCCAAAUAUAAUGAAAUGUUAUGUGCAUUAUUUUUAGACUAAGAGAACUCUGUACUUAUGCAAACUACUACUUUAUUGAAGAAAAUUUUGCAUAAAUGUGAAUCUCUUAUAUAGGUUUAAUGAACUGCAAUGUGGAAAAUCCGUCCAAAAGUAUGUGUAUAAUUAUAUAUAUAUAUAUUAGAAAAUUGUUGAAUUUAUAUACAUGUUUUACAAUUUA